AUGUCAGAUCCUGCGGGGUACACUGUGGGCUGGAUUUGCGCCUUACCCGUGGAAUACAUUGCCGCACAGGAGUUUCUCGAUGAAGAGCACGACAAACCGAGCUUCGUGUCGCCGAACGAUGCCAACGACUAUACGUUAGGCAAGAUGGGCGAACACAACGUUGUCAUCGCCGUCUUGCCCGAUGGUGAAUAUGGAACAGCUUCCGCGGCUAGUGUAGCGACAAACAUGCUCAACAGUUUUCACAAUAUCAGGAUCGGCCUCAUGGUCGGGAUUGGCGGGGGUGUACCAAGCAAGAGCCAUGAUAUUCGUUUAGGCGAUGUCGUGGUCAGUGCGCCUCGCGAUGGCGAGAGUGGUGUGUUUCAGUACGAUUUUGGGAAGUCGAUCCAGGACCAAAGUUUACAGCAUACGCGGUUCUUGAACCAGCCACCAGCUAUAUUACGUGCUGCAAUAUCGGGGAUUCGGACACAAUACGAGAGGAAGGGACAUCAACUCGAGGAGGCUAUCAACGACAUUCUUGGAAAGAACAUGAGAUUACGUCGGAAGUACAAACGGCCAGAACCAAUCACGGAUAGGUUAUUUCAUCCCGAAGUUAUCCAUAACCCAGCAGGCUGUUCUCUAUGUGCGGUUGAUCCGUCAAAGUUGGUACAACGAAGGGAGCGGCCCCACGACGAAGAUAAUCCUGCGAUCCAUUAUGGUCUGAUUGCUUCUGGAAAUCAGUUGAUGAAGGAUGCUUUGAUUCGAGAUAGACUUGCCGAGGAAAAAGACAUUCUCUGUUUCGAAAUGGAAGCCGCUGGGCUGAUGAAUACUUUCCCAUGUCUCGUCAUCCGGGGUAUCUGCGAUUACUCGGACUCACAUAAGAAUAAAGAGUGGCAAGGGUAUGCAGCUAUGGUGGCAGCUGCAUACGCGAAAGACCUUCUACAGAGGAUUCCUGUUAACAGAAUUGAGGCCGAGGAGAGGAUUGGAAUUGGUAUGUCUGGUUAG